AUGAGGAAGGAUAGCAUCAGCUCGUCGCGUGAUCGUCUUUGGAUAGGAGGGCGGCUGAACUCGAGUGUGAGCUGCCUACGUACCCCGUCGGGUGAUCAAGCCUUUACGUACUGCUUUCAUCGCGUAGAUCCAAGGUCUUCCCAGUAUAGCAUUAUAAGGGGCUGGGCGAUCUACUACGACAAAAUUAACUGGUUUUCGGACUCCUCCCGCAGUAACGACGAGUUGGAUGGUUCCGAGAGAAACAGAAGAUCAACUGAGCUUCCAGUAUCGAUCAUUAUUCUCGACAGCUCGAAUCCUGAUACAUCGAGCUGGACUACGAGGGCAUCGUGGUUUGUCCAAGUUAAGCGUUUCGCUUUCGAGGAAUGUGAUUUCGGUGUCCGGCUCGGUGAGAGCUCGAGGACGAUUCGAGCUUGA